UCGGUGUUUGUUUACCCUGACGACGGCUGAAGUUUUUCUCAUAGCAAUGACCCAGUCUCUAUUCACUUCAGUCAAAUGGAAGUAAAUAUAAAAAUAUUACAUUGAAAUAGGAAAGAUUUUCCUGAAUAGUGAAAGUGAGAGAUUUUUUUCUUUGUAGAUUCUUCCUUGAAGUCGUCGCAGAAUGAAAGACCAACUCUGAUUGGAGGAAAAGAUAGACUUCAAUUCAGCCGGUAGUGCAAACAAUCCAGGGACCACUGAGAACUGGUACAUUCGUGCACCCGGAACAAGGAGGAUUUUAGCGUGUAAGCACUGGGAUGGAGUGGUCACGUUGUUCAGUCUUGUUUGUGGCCUGUAUGAUAGGCAUACUAAUCAAUGGCGUGUCUGGCGCUGAAGAGAUCAAUGAGGAGACAAUCAACCCAGCUGUCAUAUCUGUGGUUGCAGUUGUGGGUGGAGUUAUCGGUCUUGUCGUGAUUGUCAUCAUUUGUGCUGAGAAAAAAGUGAACCCAAAUGUUAAAAGACGAGGACCACCGGACUGGACAAAUAAUUUAAUCUUGAAGAGAGAGCUGGACGAAGGAUUCACUGACAUCUCUGAUGGCAUCUAUGCCAACAGUCCUAACCACGUGACCAGAGAGAGGCUGGGGAUCACGGUGACCGAUGCAGCCAGGUGGAAUCGCGGAAUGACAUCAGGAAAACAUGUCUUUGAGAUAAACUGGCCCAAGAAAAACAACCGAGGGUUCUCCUCCUGUGUAGGCGUAGGAACCUCGGAUGUACCAAUGAAAAAACAGGGCCGUGUCAGCCUUGUGGGUGAACACAGUCAAUCGUGGGGCUUGGACAUGGCCAAGCAGAGAGCCAUUCAUUUUGGUAAAGUGCAGCAGAGACUUUAUUUGCCCAUCCCCGACAGGUACUUUAUGUACGUGGACAUGGACUCGGGCACUGUCAGCUUCGGCGAUGACGUCACCAUCCACGGCCGGAACGCGGAGUACUACGGAAACAUCCUGACAGGGAUACCCAAGAACAGCAAGAAACCAUUUUACUUGAUGAUUAGCAUGUGCCAGCCCAAGGAGCAGGUGCAAGUUUACUACAGGGGGACUGCAACAACAGGCAAUGGCUUCAAUCUGAUUGGUGGAGCACCUUUCUACGAAGACGGAGGCAAGGGACCAACAAGACCUCAAGAACAACAAGCAACGGUUGCAGUAGCACCAGCUGCCAAUGUUAUAAACGUAUAUAGCAUGCCCAGCGUCCCUCAAGGUUACCCACAACAGCCUGCCUAUCCAGUUCAGGGCGGCUACCCUCCUCCUUACAGCGCCUACCAGCCACAAGGGGCAUACCAACAACCAGGUGCCUACCAGCAACAGGGAUAUGGAGGAUAUCCACCCCAAGGUUACCCCCCAGCCGUAGCGGAAGGGAGCCACAAGAAGAAAAGCAAGGGUCACAAACGCAGUGGCUCCUCUUCAUCCUCCUCCUCCGAGUCGGACAGUGGCAAGAAACAGAGGAAAGAGCUCAAGAAGUUAGCCAAACUGGUCUCUGACUAAACUAGCUUGCACGGUUUAUCAAUGAGAUGACACUGUAGGAAUGAGAUUCUAAAAAGCUGCUGAUAUUUAAUGUUGCAUCUGUGACUGUGAUAUUUUAUUUUUUAAAAACUGUGAUUUAACUUUAUUAUGUAAUAUUUUAUGUCUUUGAUUUAAUUGUAAUUGAUGUUUAUAUGCCUGUACAUAAAACAAUAAAUGUGAAAUAACGCGUCUAUUUGAGAGUAUUGCUGGGCUUCAAAUCUUCUUUUCUCUUCACCCUGUUCCAAGAAUGUAGGUCAGUGUUUCCCAAAGUGGGGUAGGGGAAGACUUAAAAAUUAGGAGUGUGUACGCUUUGUACCUCAUUAACUAAGCUGAUUUUUUUUUAAAUACCCGUUUAUUAUGUUCUCUUAAUAAAUUAAAAAUGAGGUGGGGGGAGAGGGCUACUUAGCAUUACACAAAUUAUAAAAAAGGGGUACACAUAGGUCAAAAGUCUGGGAGACACUGGUGUAGACUCGAUAUAAUAGGUUCUAUAAUGUUAAUUGUUUGCUAUCAUUUUUUGUGUUAACACAGCGAGGCCUAUUCAGAGUAUAACAAAAAGUCUAUGUAUUUUGUUUUAAUUAACGAUUUAUUAAUGCCAAACAUAAUACACUCAACUUUGCCUGUUCUUUUGAAAGGUAUGUGAAAUAAAAAAUACAUACAUUUAAA